AUGUAUGUGCGAGGACAAAAAGGACACGCCUGGAUUCAUGUUGCUGCUCUGCUUUGUCUUUGUGACUGGUCUGCUUCGCAGUUAUCUUAUUCGAUUUCCGAGGAAGUGAACAAAGGCACCGUAGUGGGAAAUAUCGCGAAGGAUUUGAACCUAAAUGUACAGGAUUUAGAAACCAGGGAUCUACGUAUUGUUUCGAGUUACAGUAAGACAUAUUUUGAUGUGAAUUUACGGACCGGAAAUCUCUUUGUUGACGACAGAAUAGACAGAGAAGAGCUUUGUCCGCAUGUGGUAAAAUGCUCGUUGAAAAUACAGGCUGCUUUAAAUAAUCCAAUGAAUGUACGCAGCAUCGAGGUCAAUAUUCUCGAUAUAAAUGACAACUCGCCUUCUUUUAUUGAACAAUCGCAUUUAUUGAGCAUCUCUGAAUCACUGUCGCCGGGUGAGCGAUAUCUUCUCCCAGUAGCAGUAGAUGCGGACAUAGGAAGUAACACAGUAAAGAACUACAAGCUGAGUCAGAAUGAAUAUUUCUCGCUUGAUGUGCAGAGCGGUGGAGAGCACGGUGUGUCUGCUGAGUUGGUGCUGCAGAAAGCUUUAGAUCGAGAGAAACAGCCAGUAAUUAAACUUCUUCUGACCGCUUUAGAUGGAGGUAAACCGCCUCGAUCAGGGACAUUGCAGUUAACUGUUCAUGUUAUAGAUGUUAAUGAUAAUACACCCACAUUCAGCAACUCUCUUUAUAAAGUGCGUGUCAGGGAAAAUGCAAAACCCGGAACGCUCGUAAUUAAAUUAAAUGCGACAGACUCAGACGAGGGCAUGAACAGUAAGAUCCUGUAUUCCCUGAUCAAACGAGGAAAUAUUGAUCCAUCACAUAUUUUUGAUCUAAAUUCAGAAACUGGAGAAAUUACUGUGAAGGGAACAUUAGAUUAUGAAGUGACGCCUGCUUAUGAGGUCAGAGUUCAAGCCACGGAUCAAGGCCAAGUUCCUCGCAGUGCGCACGCUAAACUACUGAUAGAGAUUAUUGAUGUGAAUGACAAUGCCCCAGAAAUAUCAGUGACGUCACUGAUGACUCCUGUCAAAGAGGACGCAGAACUGGGGACAAUAGUUGCUUUUAUUACAGUGAGUGAUAAAGAUGGAGGAAACAAUGGAGCAGCUAACUGUAAGGUAGAGGGGUCUGUUCCAUUUAAACUUAAGUCCAACUACAGAAAUGACUAUUCAUUAGUAGUAGAUGGACCACUGGACAGAGAAAACACCUCUCUGUACAAUGUCACCAUUACAGCCAUAGAUGAAGGAAGUCCACCUCUGUCCAGCAUCAGGGUCGUUACUGUUCAUGUCUCUGAUGUCAAUGACAACGAACCUCGAUUUAUGGAGCCUGUGAUUAAUGUUUAUGUCAAAGAAAACAGUCCAACAGGAUCCGUUAUUUCUACGAUAAGUGCUGUUGAUCCUGAUUUGGAUGGAAAUGCAAAACUCACUUACACGUUGUUAGACAGUUUUCCAAAAAAUAUUCCAAUUUCAUCUGUUGUAAACAUCAACUCAGAGACUGGAGAUAUAGUCAGUCUGCAGUCUUUUAACUACGAGGAGCUAAAAACGUUUCAGUUUAAAGUUCAGGCCACAGACUCUGGUCUUCCUCCGCUCAGCAGCAAUGUGACUGUCAACGUGUUUAUCCUGGAUGAGAAUGACAACAGUCCCACCAUUCUCGCGCCCUAUUCUGAGCACGGCUCCGUUAACAGUGAGACCAUCCCCUAUUCUGCUGAAGCGGGAUACUUUGUGGCAAAGAUCAGGGCUGUAGACGCAGACUCUGGAUACAAUGCGCUGCUUUCUUAUCACCUCUCUGAGCACAAAGGAAACAACCUCUUCCGCAUCGGAACCAGCACCGGGGAGAUCAGGACUAAGAGGAGAAUGAGUGACAAUGACCUGAAAACUCAUCCCUUGGUGGUCUCGGUCUCUGAUAACGGAGAACCCUCCCUGUCAGCUACUGUGUCUAUUGAAGUGGUGGUGGUUGAGAGCACAGCUGACAUCCAGACUCAGUUCAGACAUGUGCCCAUAAAGGAGGAGAGCUUCUCUGAUUUAAACCUCUAUCUGCUGAUCGCCAUCGUGUCGGUGUCAGUCAUCUUCCUGCUCAGCCUCAUCACUUUAAUAGCUGUCAAAUGCCACAGGACAGACAGCACCUUCAGCAGGUACAGCGCCCCAAUGAUCACCACCCACCCUGACGGGAGCUGGUCUUACUCUAAAGCUACUCAGCAGUAUGACGUCUGUUUCAGCUCAGACACGCUCAAGAGUGACAUGGUGGUUUUCCCCGCCCCGUUUCCGCCUGUAGAUGCGGAGCUGAUCAGUAUUAACGGAGCGGACACUUUUACCAGGACUCAGACUUUACCUAAUAAAGAAAAGGUGAGUCGAGUUUUCCACUAA